AUGAAAAUAGAAGAACUUACCAUUGCUCUUGCUCAUGAUGCGUUCCGUUCUGGUGCCUAUACCUGUAAGGAGUUGACCGGCGCCUUUUUGGACCGAAUCGAUAGACUGGACAAGAACGGGCCAAGAAUACACUCGACGUUGGCUAUCUCAAAGGAGGCACUAGACGAAGCAGAACUGCUCGACAAAUAUUUCCGUGACCAUGGCAAAUUCAAAGGUCAUCUCCAUGGGAUACCAGUCCUGGUUAAAGACCAGGCCGACACGAAGGGUUUGAUCACAACUUACGGCUCCAUAGCAGCCAAAGAUAAUGUGCCAGACGAAGACGCCACUGUCGUCAGGAAGUUGAAGGAUGCAGGAGCAAUUAUCUUGGGCAAAACCACGAUGCCCGACUGGGCCACUUCAUGGUUCUCCACUUCGUCAGUCACCAACUGGGAAUUCACUCAUAACCCUUACAAACUUGGAUAUGAUGUCGGAGGAUCGUCCUCGGGCUCCGCAGCAGCAGUUGCGGCCAACUUUGCCAUGCUUGCCGUUGCAGAAGACACCGGAGGGUCGAUCAGGUGUCCGGCAUCGUUCACCAACCUCGUAGGGAUCCGAUGCACUCCAGGGUUGAUCAGCCGCAGUGGAUUCUCUCCUCUGAUCAAAACGCAGGACACCCCGGGUCCCGUGGCAAGGACGGUGCAGGAUUGUGCCUUGAUGUUGGACUGUCUCGUCGGAUUUGACCCCAAGGACGAAUGGACUGCGGUCGCUGUCACAGCCCCCAAACCCAUGGGUGGAAGCUAUGCGGCCAACCUUGACCACACAGCCAUAUCGAAGGCUAGAAUUGGAAUUGUCCGCUCGCUUCUCGGACCCGACAGUGACCCAGCUUGUCGUUCAGUGAACGGGGUUGUGAAGCAGGCAAUUGCAAAGCUUCAACUUGCUGGCACGGAAUUCGUUGAUGUUGACCUUCAAGGAUUGAAACAUUACAUGACCGCCACCCCUACAUAUGUGGUCCGGUCAAGGUCGGAUAUCAAUGAGUUCCUGGCGACGAAGCCGCAUCUUCCCGAAGAUAUAGCACUGAUUGUCCCGCCAAAGCCACUGCAUCCAGCUCUCGAUCUUACAUCCGCGGUCGCUGAUGGGCCCAGGGACCCAAUGAAGGACCCAACAUACCUCAAACGGUUGCUUGAUAGAGAUGAAUUCCAGCGCCGAGUGACAUGUCUGAUGGCGGAACAUGGGCUCGAAGCCCUGGCAUUUCCUGACGUCCAAGUCCCGCCUCUACGACAUGAGGACUGCACAAAUGGUCGGUUUCCCACCUGCUGGGACCUGCCUGUCAACACGUUACUGGCAAGUCAGGCCCGGAUCCCGGCAGUCAGUGUUCCCGUCGGUUUUACAGAGGAUGGAUUACCGGUCGGAAUGGAGCUGGUCAGCUGGGAAUAUAGGGAACAGGCCUUGCUGCAGCUGGCACGAGGCGUUGAAUACCACGUUCCCGCAAGGAGAGCACCGCAGCUGGAGUAG